AAAUAUAAAGUGUUUUCUUUUAUAAGUUAUAACUAUACUUAUGAUGUACGCCUGAUGUCAUUGUCCAUACAUCUUCCACUCUCCGUUCGUCUCCGUUCACCAUAGAUUCUGAUCUUCUACUGGUAUUGCUUCGUUCUUUGCAUUUUCAAUCACUUCCUUACAAUAAUUUAUUUUCCUGCUGAUGUUAAAGUUUCGAUGUGAAUGAAUCGAAAUAAAAGAGCAGAUUUCAUUGAGAUAUGCUUGAAAAUGUCUAUAUCAAUGCAUCAUUUUCGCCAGAUGGAUCCAUCACCAAGAACUGUGAAUCUUCAAACACAUAAACAAUCAGCCAAAACUACGGAAAACGAACAGUUGGAUCCUCAAGCAGAUGCUGCAUUCUGGCCACUAUCAGGGAAACCAUAUUUCUAUGUGGUUCUUGGUAAAUUAAUCUAUGGAAGGAGGUUUCAACUGGUCAUCCCACGUGAACUAUCGGAAAAGCUUCCAACUUCUACUGUUCCUGCUAGUAUCGUCUACCAUGGAAAGGUGUGGGACCUACUUUACCAUGGUGAUCAGACUAAAAGGAGGUUUGGAAACGAAGCAUGGGGAAAAUUUGUUACAGAUAACAAUCUUGUAGCUGGGGAUGCAUGUGUGUUUGAGUUGAUGGAGGGGAGCUUAAAGAGUAGGAUUGUUAAGUUCAAAGUUCAGAUCCUUAGAAGUGGUUUCCCAUCUAAAUUGUUGGAGAAAGCUGAAGGGUUUAAUAUGAACAAUCCCAUUGCUAUCGAUUAGGAUCCUUGAUCUUAGUUUUUGUUGUUUUGAAUCUUGAAUAGUUAUGGUGUUCAUAUGUGUUUUGGUCAUCUAGUUUUAAUGAAAAUUUCGAUGCUUUUCUUGAA